AUGUCGACUCACAGCGAUGAACAGCCCUCGAGGCCACCUUCUCGCUCCUCUUCAUUCCCGUCAAUUGGGUACUUUUCGUCUCCGUUCGAGCGCUGGAAAGAGGAGAAUGUCGAAUGGUCGUCCGCCUACACUCUGCUCGACACUUUUGAGACCUUUUUUGAUGCUCGUAUCGAUCUCUGGGAGCGCAGGCUUCGCAAGCAAGGCCAGAGCGUUCUGGACGGCACCAAAGACGUCCUCAAACGGCGUGGUAUCGACCCCAACAUUGACAGGGAACUCGAUAAACUGAAAAAGACGCUGUCGAUUCGUAUGCAAAAGGUCAAUACUGCAUGGCAUUCCACAAAGGUCGUUAGAACUCGUGAAAAGAUUUCAUUCUUCCUGGGCGUGCAUACCGUACUAGGUUCAGCACUAAUGGUAUGCCUAUACCCACAGUGGGUUCAUAUUUUCUACACUGCAGCAUGCGCAUAUCUGCUUCCGUUGCGCUUCUUCUCCUAUAAGCGAAAGGCGUAUCAUUACUUCUUGUUUGAUCUCUGUUACUAUGUAACGAUUCUCAAUUUUGUUUAUAUUUGGCUGUUCCCUGGCUCUGCCACACUCCUGACUGCCUGUUACUGCCUGUCACACGGUUCUCUCGCCUCUGCAGUCAUAACGUGGCGCAACUCGCUCGUAUUCCACGACGUCGACAAAGUUACUUCCCUCUUCAUCCAUAUCUAUGCGCCUUUUACGUUUACGACUAUUCGUCACUAUUAUCCAGAAGCACCGGCGCGUUUCCCAGCCCUCAAUGACCUUCCUCACUUUCAACCCGUUCGAGCACUGCUCUUUAGCAGCGCACUCUACAUGGUCUGGCAAAUUCUCUACUGGAAGUUUGUCUACGUUGACCGCAAGGUCAAAAUCGAAAGUGGACAACGAACGACAUCUUUUUCGUAUCUUCUGGCAGAUCGACGAGGGGCCAUUGGACGUGCAUUAUCCAAAGUGCCAGAAGACUACCGUGUGGCAUCCUUUAUGUUUGGCCAAUUCCUGUAUUCUAUCGCUACAGAGAUCCCGGCUGUCUGGUUCUUGUACGAUAGUGCAUUCCUCAGCACCAUUUUUCUCUUUAUCAUCUUUGGCGUCUCCGUCUGGAACGGUGGUGGUUUCUACAUCGAAGUCUUUGGACGCAAGUUUGAAAAGGAGCUCGAGGCUCUUCGCAAAGAGUUGGCAGAGAUGUCCGCCAGUCGAGCCGCAACGCCAGCUGCGUCGACGCCAUCACUGGUGCCAAACGAUUUUGAAAGCAACUCGGAGGCAGAGAGUGAUGGACAAGAGGUUAUGCUCGAGAUGGAUUCUCGCCCGACGCCGAUUGAGAAGAAGACGCAAUAA